UGGACAUUUGGAAUUCCAUUCUAAAAUUUUCACAUUUUCAGAAUAGGCUAGACAUUUCAGAAUAGGAAUUUUAGAAUGGAAUUUUAAAGUAAUCAACUGAGUCAUUCCAUCCAUUCACGUGGCGUAAUUCCCCCAACAGCCAAGGCUUUCAAGCAGCAGGCCCUGUAGGACAGGAACUACUACUACUACUAGCUAGCUAGAGUUGCAUUCUAAGAAGGUAAAAAGAAAAACCGAGAAGAAUAUGGCGAUGAAUCCCUCCAUAUCUCAUUCCAAGUUAAGUUGUUUGUGGUGCUCUCGCACAGCAUUCAUGAAAUGCCAUCUGGAGGAAUAUAUCGAUUACAAGCCAGAUGCUCAGUUUAAUAUCAAAUCUUUUGGUCAGCCUCCAUCUUGGCUCAAGCCUGCAGAUUCUGAUCUCCUCACCUGCUUAGACUGUGUUAUGACUUAUCAUAAAUUAGUAUCGGCAAGGAAUCAUGUAUUAAAUAUACAGGCACCGUAUGAAAGGACAAAGUUGCGUAUCAUUGAACAUUUUGAAACCUGUCUUGAUUUGCCUGAUUUAUCGUUUGAUCACUGUAAGGUCUCAGUGACAGAGGUCUUGAUGUAUCCUCGUCUAUUACUUAAUGAGAAAGUCUCCGAGUUAUUUAUUGAAAUACUAUUAAAACUUGGAGAGUCUGCAGUCAUUGAUAAGAAGCUUCCUGGAGUGUAUUUACUGCUGGUCCAUCCAGAGAAAUUGGUACGUGACUGGGCUGAGACUUGUGUGGGAAAACUGGGCUCCAUAGAUUAUGAGAGCUAUGAUGAUAUUAUUGAAGUGAUUGGGUGGAUUAUGACUGUCGCUAUUUAUAACCUUUUUGAUGAUCCACCAUCUUCAGCAGGUGUGGCUGCUUGGAUGCUCACAGAGCCGGUUUGUUUGCCUCAUUAUUUAGUUGUGUAUGAAUCCCGAGGAGAUUUUUGGAAUGGCCUGUACGCAUUGACAUCGGUUAUUGAUUCAAGCUGCAUCAAGCGUCUCUGCAAUGACUCUCAUUAUGCUGAAUUUGUGAAUAUUGUACUAGGUCUUUUCGAAGAGGACUCCUCGGUUUUCUUCCCGGCACUAAAGAUUGUUUCUCUAUUAUUGCAAAAGCUUGGCUCACAGUUCUGGAAGUUAUGCAGCACGCUUCCAAAAGAUGUGAUGACCAUGAUUUUAAGUCACAAUAGCUUUUAUCGUGAGCUACAGGCCUGGGUCAAGGUGGAGAGAAAAGGAGAAGGAGUAGAUGAAACAGAAGAAUCCAGCCCUCAUUCUGUUAUUUUAUCCUGGGUCGUUCCUCUUACUCAUACACUUAUUGAUUAUGGGAACCAAAUGGAGCCGGUCAUUUCUUCGUUGCUUGAAUUUCUAUCCACCAUUGCAGCCAUUAGUCUUCAACUGAAGCCAGUUUUUAAGCAGAGCCUACUUCUUGGUUAUUUGCCACCUCCUAAAGUAACCUUAUCUCCUCAGAAUCUCAAAUCUUUUGUUUCCAUUAAGGAUAUGUCUAAUGAAUCCAUGUAUCUGCUAGUGGUCUUAGUUGAGUUACUCUAUGAUGAAGGUCAUUACAAGGUACUGGUUAAAAAUAUUUCAAAAUGGCUGCCAUUAAUCAAUUCGAUAUACAAUACUGUCGUAACAUUGGAUAAUAAUUCAGAUGAUGCUACUUUUGUUCCAACUUGUAUAUCUUCAGUUAAAAAUCUCAUUCGCUCCUUUUUCAGUAAUUCAAUUGGCAGGGCCUGUGCAUCGUAUGAUGCUGUCCUCUUUUAUUCUCAAAGUGAUGGAUGUACAGCAAGCGAUUCAUCUUCUCGAAAAGAUACAUUGACUAUUAAGACCCUUUGUGAGGACAUUGUGAAGAUUUUAGAGGAAAUGGCAAAGCUACAUGUGCAUGAAAUUGGAAUUGAAGAAGGAGGGGCUGUCUCUUCUACCACCUCUGGACUGGAAGAUGAGGGUAAUGUCAGUGAUGAUAAUGUCCCUGAUGAAGCUAGUCAAGCAUUAGAAAACGAAGAAAAUGAUUCUUUUCAGACUGGUCCACUUCACGAAUCUGAUACUGAACAGGGUCAAAUUGUUGCUGACAUUGAAGAUGAUGCAGAGAAAGAGCCUUUGUGCUCCACUGGAGAUUUUAAGUCACAAGAAGAGCAACAAAAGGAAGAGUUGCAUAAAGAAGAAGAUGAACUGGGUUCCAGUAUCAGUAGUGAUCAUACAGCUACUGAUACUAGUGCGGCUUCAGAGCCUCCAAUUUUGCAUGAUGAGGAGUCUUCUUCUUGUAUCAGUGAGCAACAAGAUAAUAAGCCGAAAAUAAGUCUUGAAAGCAGCACAAAUAAAUAUGAAGGAAACAGUAGUGGCUGUGAAGAUGUAAUAAUUGUAGCUGUUGAGCCUCCAAAAAGUUCAUGUAGUUCUUCAACCUCAGAUAGUUUGCCUUCAUUUUAUGAUAUGUUACAUACUAAGGAAAAGCUGAGUCAUCCCAUCAGUAAUGGAGAGAAAGGAAAGAAAAAGUUUAGAAAAAGAAAAAGAAGCAGAUCAUCUUCAGCUUCCCACUCUUCCACAACUGCUGACUCUGACAGUGAGACUAACUCCACUAGAAUACCCCCCAAGAAACGGCUGAGCCCUAAAAGACGUUCUAGAAAGUCUACGCCUCCUACUAAAUAUUCACCUGUUACUAGUGGCUGCUCUAGCUCUGCUAUUAAUCUUAGUCCCCUUAUCUCGGUUAAAACAAAUCUUCUUUCCUCCCCGUCUAUCAGUGAGAUUGAAGAGAAAAACAGUGAGAUUGAAGAGAAAAGCUCCCACGAUGAAAUAGAAAGUACUAGUACCUCUACCAUUAUGUCACCAUCAAUUAUCCAUGGGUCCUUGUCACUCCAGGUUGAUGACUGCAGUGAUUCCUCCUCUGAUGACGACAACGUGAUGAUGCUUGCCGAGUCCUCAAAGUGUCCCCCAGAAUUUGCUGCAGCAAAGCCUAUGGACUUUGACUCAGAGACCACCUUAUCACGUGAUACUGAUGAGUCAUUAGAUUCUACUUUGCAUGUACCUCAUGAUAACAAUACCUCCAUACCUGCAUGCAAUAUUUCUGGUAAUCCUGCCCCAAUCCACUGUCUAUCGCUUAAACUAAAUAAGAGAAAGCAGCAUCAGUACACAGAGAUAGGCAAUCCACUAAAGAGAAGGAGACUAGUUGAUGAAAGCUGUUUCAUGGACAGCUCAUCAACAGAAACUCUUAGUGCUACAGAAGAGCCUCCUGAUACUGGCUUGCUUGCUAAUACAAAAGACAGUGAGCUAACUAAUUCAAUUACAAUCAACAGUAACAAGGUAUCCUCCCUAACUGAAUCUGGGGGACAUACUGCUACUGGUCCAGUCUCUCCAUCUGAUGCCAGUAAUACAUUGAAUGUAUCCACAGUAGCUGAGGGAGAUACUGCUAAUACUCCAUUGCCUACAUCAGAUGCCAAUAGUAAGGCUUCAGAAGGACUGAGUCCCAUGCAAACUGACAGUGUAGCAGCUACUAGUAAGAGUAUUACUAAUAGAAAGGAAUCGGUGGAUCCUCUUCAGAGCCCCCUUCCUCCUCCAUUGCCAUUCUCUCCUUCUCCUUGUAUACCUCUCAAAGUCUGCAGUAGUUUACGCUCCAGUAUUACACAGAUUGACGACCUACAGCUAUUGUCAUUGGAUUCUUUAUCGCCACUGGUAUAUAAUGAGUUGCACUUAAUGCCAACAUGCAUUGGUAGCUCUCAUAAGAACCUAUGCACUAAACAGUAUAAAAGAGUCGGCCCUUGUCGUGUUAAAGUGGCUAAAUGCAAUCCUAGCUCUGUUGAAGUAGACUCAGUCGAGGCCUAUGAAAAAUAUGACACUGAAUGCAGGGAGUUUUUAAGAGCUCAAGUUUUAGAUUAUGCUCCUCCUUUACAAGAAGAACAGAAUGCAAGAGAAGAGACGGGGGAAAUAGCUCAGAGUAAUCGAGUGGAAAGGAUCUGUCAUAGUGAUGAUAGUGAUAAUGAUGAGUUUGCUGCUGAUGGCCGCAACACUAACUUUGACAUUUUUUCUAAUUCUCAGAUUAAUUACGAAAGAGAGACAUUCGUCUUUGAGGAAGAGGAGGAAGAAAGAGAAUGUGUGUUACCUCUAUUAGCGGAGACUAGUGGCAGCGAGGAGAACCUUUGCUUAGCGUUGAGCCCGGACGAAAGUGAAGAUGACAUUUUCAGAAACUCUCAGGUUGUAGUUGGAGAAGAAGAGAUAAUCCUUGAGGAGGGAGGAGAGGCAAGGAGCGUAUCCUUAUCACUCGCUUGUGGAUCCACACAAUCAUCAUCAAGUAUUAGUUCCUCCAGUAAAAAGGAUGCAAAUUCUGAUAAUCCAGAAGCUUCUUGUGCUAUCUCCUCUGCAUGCAACAGUGGAGAGAGACCACUAGUGCCUUCUAAUAUCAGUUCCUCUCCCAGUAGUAAUGUGUAUAAUCCAGUACUUGAUCCAAGGAAUAAAGGUGUAACUAGAUCAGCUCCUUUUUCUGGUUCCAGUUUACCUCUGACUGUCACUACUGUCUCCUCUCAUUUAUCUUCUCCUUUGUCUCCUCUUCUUUCUUCAUCGUCCAUUUCUCUUUCUCCGGGUUCUCCUCUGUCCCCUAGUCCCUUCCCAUUUGUACAUGUGCCUCCUCCUCCUCCUCUUCUUUUCCCAUCUCCGUCCUCUCUUCCUCCUGUUCCUGCUCUGCCUAUCUCUCCUCCCCAUCCUCCUCAUCUUCUUCCUUUCCCUUCUCCCCCUCCUCUUACUCCUUCUCUUACUCCUCCCCCUUCUUCUAUUCCUCCCCCU